UCGCGCUGCGGUGUGCUGAUACACCGGCCGGGCCGGGGGGGGGCCGACUGGGCGUGUAUGGCUGUCUCCGGCCCUUUCACAACAGGCCCAGGGAGGAGGCGGUGGGACGGGACUCUAGGGCGGAGCUGGGGCACCGAGCGUCUCUCCCUGCCCGGGCGGGGUGCGGAGGCAGCUGCGCGGGGCCCGGCCAUGGCCACGCUGAAGCUGCUGGUGGUUGGGGACAGCGCGGUGGGGAAGUCCAGUCUCUUGCUGAGAUUCACCGAUGACACGUUUGAGCCGUACUUGAACCCCACGAUAGGUGUUGAUUUUAAAGUGAAGAAAAUGGUGGUUGACGGCAAUCCAGUGCAACUUGCAAUAUGGGAUACAGCGGGACAGGAACGGUUUAGAACACUGACUCCCAGUUAUUACCGAGGCGCUCAAGGUGUUAUUUUAGUGUAUGAUGUCACGAGAAAAGACACUUUCACAAACCUAAUGACCUGGCUGAACGAGCUGGAGGCAUAUGCUACGCGGAGCAACAUUGUAAAAAUGUUAGUUGGCAAUAAAAUUGACAAGCCAGAUCGUGAGAUAAACAAAAGGGAGGGACUCCAGUUCGCUAGGAAACACUCAAUGCUCUUUAUAGAGACCAGUGCUAAAACACGGGAUGGAGUACAAUGUGCCUUUGAGGAAGUAGUUAUAAAGAUCCUACAGACUCCAGGACUUUGGGAUAAAGACAAACAAAAGUUUGGAGUCCAGUUGGAGACUGCAACACACACAGAGGAAGACGUUUGUGGUGGAUACUGUACACUUACUUAAAUUCACAGAUGCCUAUUCCAUCCGACCAGCUGGACUUUCAGGCAUGUUGCUAAGAGCUUACAAAGAGACAAUCCAACUUCCAUUCUGGACACAUGUGAUUCAUGCUAUGGGACCAACCCAGAUGGGUUCAUUUCAGCACACCUGCCUGGUUUUAAAAUAAUAGAUUUGAUGGUUACUAUGUUCGCAAAAAUGAAAUGGAUAUUUAUUUGUAUGAAGCAUGGUACCUCUUGCUCUGACAUUAUUUGCUCAAAAAAUAAGACUGCAGUGUCAGAUAGCAGCAUAAUGUUAUUCGUCAUAGGGCUAAUAAUAGAGCCAAGCUGUCCAACCCUCAGGCUUUAUUGAAAAGCUUUUAAUCUCUACAGUAAGCGUGCAAGGUCCUCAGGCAGCCAAGUUCCCUUGAAGGGUUGAAAAGACACUUCCCAUGCUACAAUCUGGGAUAAUCACUGAUUCUACCUCCCUGUUUCAGGUGCUUUUAUGUGCUGGAACUCCCUCUGAGACCUUUUCCAUUCGACUUAUCCAGAACAUUUCAUCCAGUUCUCUCGGAUCCAAAAACUCAGUUCAACUCCAGCUCAUCACUCGGUUACUUCAUUAGGCAUGGAACAGUUCUGUGCCCACACUAGCCAGGCCUAGACGUAGGUGGUUUAGAUACAGGGUGACACACAUUUUUCCAGCUACUAACAUCUAUACUUUUUAAAUGUAAGUGGUUUGGACAUCAUACGGAUCAUGUAAGGACCAGUUGCUUUGCAGAGUGCGUAGGGCCCAAUCACUUCUGUCUUCACCUUAGGUACAUUUCAAGCUUAUCAGUUCAAAGUGUCCCCACUUACCUCAGCUAGUUCAAAAACACUGUCUCCAGAAGACUAGGGUGACCAGAUUACAUGAACAAAAUAUUGGGACAGAUUGGGGGGG